UCGCUAGCCAGCUGCAGUUUGAAGUGCGAAAUUGCUCAUAUGCAUGUACCGUUCAUAUGUACUGAGUACACCACAGCGAGACAGACUUCGCUUCGGUCAGAUUUCUCCUAUGCAAAGAACAAUGGAAUACCUGUGUUUUAUUCCCAGAAUAUGGUACUCUGCUGAGUCUGCUCCACUUUGCGAAACUAUAUUGAUUUCGCUUCGUAGCUAUUACUUUACGGUGUCCAAAUCUAACUAGUGAAAAUGCGUGUAAUAUUUUGGUUGAUGCUUAUCAGUGGGAUAAGCCUAAUAUCCCUAAUCACCUUUUCUUCAUCGUGCAAAGAAGCAUUAUGCGCCAGUGUCGUGAGCAAGUGCCUGCUAAUCGACGCAUGUAAAUGUGAUAUUAUAAACUGCACCUGUUGCAAAGCCUGCUUUCAGUGUUUGGAUACAUUAUUUGCCGAUUGCUGCGAAUGCGUUGAUAUGUGUCCAAAAGCAGUAUCGGCACCCAGCAACCUCAGUUCGACCAGUCACGUGGAAGACCUCCCGGACCCCCUGGUCGAACUGUUCAAUGCCCUCACCGAAGAGCACGAUGCCACGGGACGCUGGACGACAUACACGUAUCCGGUCCAACGCGAUCUCUCGCUGUUCCUUGGAGCAAGUCAACUGCAACAAGUCGAGUUGGGUGUCGUGUCCAGAGAUUCGACAUCCCCCUGGGCAGCGGUCAAUUGCACGGUGGCCUUCAUGGCGCAGUGUAUGCCAUGGAAUAAAUGCAAAAACAGCUGCCGCUCCAUGGGCGCCAGCAGUUAUCGCUGGUUUCAUGAUGGAUGCUGUCAGUGUGUGGGGAGCAAUUGUCUCAAUUACGGGAUGAAUGAGACCCGCUGUCUCAACUGUCCACGCAUGUCCGGCAGUGGGAUGGAUGAAGAAUACGAAAUUCCCGACGAUGAUGACCGGCCCAGGAAGCACACGGAUGCCACGGAAGAAGCGUCACAGGAAAUAUGGGAUCGCAGUCACAAUACGCCGCCGUUUCCCAUUCCGACCACAGCCAAACCGAAGGCCAAGCCGAUACCGGCGCGGAGUCCUGCAAAGACCGUCGCGCCCAACCGGCCCGGUCAGAAUACUGCUCGACCGGCAAUGCCAAGGACGGCUGGCUGAUUUUGACUUGCAAUUGUUCCUUUCCUACAUUCAGUUCACACUAGCGGAAGUAUUGUUUGUGCCUAGCGAGAUUACUUAACGAUCUUACGAAAUCUACCUCAAUCGUGCUUUUUAUGCAAUAUUAUAUAUUAGCUAUUAUUUUUCUGCUGUCUACAAAAUCUUUAAAAGUUAACAGAAUUUGACUUCUCGAGUCGCUUUGACACUAAAAAAGCUGAACAAACAAAACCA